UUAACACUUUGCACGUACGCAAUACCGUGCUGACUUUCAAAGUCCCAGCCGUUUGAAGUGCAAAGCCUUGCCGAAGAGACUGUCGCCAUGUACAUCCUGACUGUUCUCCUGAUUUCGUUGAGUAUACACGCAGGAUACGGGGCACUGUUAUCCAAGGAACCGCAGUGCCGUACAAUCAGGAAGGACCCCAAGAUACAUACAGAUCCGAAGGCCUGCCAGUACUACUGCAACCCAGAUGACGCUCAUCAAAAUUGGCAAUUUGGGUACUUCAAGAAUGGCACAGAAUGUCAGACAGCACAAGAUUCCGCUGGAGAGACCUCUGGGCGCUGUUACGACGGGUACUGCUUCAACUACCGCGGGGGACUCCAGCUUCCUCCGACUAAGAAACCCAAGCCAACGAAGCAACCCAAAAAGCCAAAGACAAACUAACCAGCAGUAACUUCACUGCAGACAGCUAUAUUGGUGAGAAAGGAAGCUGUAAUACCAAGGCUGACUUGUAAACG